GAAACAUCAAAGUCGCAUUGCUUGCGCCACUGGCGCAUGUCGAUAGUCCCAAAGAUCCUGGAAGACGAUCCAGAGGAAGAUGAGGAGGAAGACGACUCAGAGGCGCUCCCGCUGGCCAUCACGGGCCUGGAGCUGUCCGGAGUGCUCUCUGCCGGGUACCGCAAGCUCAGCCUGCUCCUGGAGCACUUGGAGACGCGGACUUGGGAGACACAGAUCAUGGGUGGACAGCAGCGCAUCACGGCGGAUUGGGUUCUCCAGGAGAUCGAUCGCUUUGCGCAGGGCCUGGGCAAGUGGCUCAAGGUGGCUGGUGAUGACAAGGCUGAGAUUCUGCAACACUCGAUUGGCAGCCGGCCUUUGACUGAGCACAAAACUAUGGUGGAAUUCGGGAGCUUUGUUGGCUACACGGCCACACGCAUGGGCAGAGCCGUUGAGCUGUGCUAUGAGCAAGGGUACGCCGAUGGGUCCAUCCUCUUCGAGGACAGCCGCCUGCAGGGCGCUAACCGCAUCACCUCCAUGGAGAUCGACCCAGUGCAUGCCUGCAUUGCACGGCAUGUGCUCGACAUGAGCCGCCUCUCCCACAUUGUUGAGGUGUGGAUCGGCCAGGUCAAAGACUUGAUCCCGCGCCUCACGGAGGAGCACGGGGACAUGAGCCUGAACAUGGUCUUCAUGGACCAGCGCGGCACCACCUUCCACGACGACUUGUCGCAGCUGGAGGAGCUGAACCUCAUGUACCCCGACUGCCGGAUCGUGGCGGACAACUGCGUAAAGCCCGGCUCGCCGGUCUACUGCUGGCACACCACGGUGAGCGAGCGCUACCGCACCCGGAACUACAGCCUCAACGAGUUUCUGGAGUCCACCAUCGAGGACUGGCAGGUGGUCUGCGACUACCUGGGCCCCCUAGCUGCCCGCAUCCCCCGGCCGAUGCCCUGGGAAGAACAGCCAGGUGAGUGGCGUUCCUAUCCCAUCCGCGACCUGUGAGGGACGGCGUUUGGAGAGCCGCCAUCAGCCAAAAGGUGUUGCUGCCUUGUGAGUGAGGCAUCAUUGCGGAGGUUUGAAUGGCUGUUCUGCUUGCAGCAGGAAGGAAUGACUCAGCGGCGUAUGUGGAAGGGAGUGAC